GAGGAUUAUAUAUUUUUCAAAGAAUCGUGUAGUUAUAUUGCUCGAACUUACAAAAUGGAAGAGGAGGCAGCAGAGAAUAAACACGAAGAAAGGCUUAUUACAGAAAAUAAUAUAUUGGUGGAAAACACUGAAACGUUUGAGGGUCUUACUCAAGCAGAGAGUGUUCAACAUGGAAAGGAAGAAACUGAAACUUUUCCUCCUAAUACGUCAGAAACCGUUGAAGAUGAUGUGAUGUUUUCAGUGGGCCCACAAGAGGGUGUCAUGACAAAAGACAUAAUACCAUCGGAUGCAAGUGUACCAGACACAAGUGAGUCAGCACCACAUGUGGUAACAGAGGAGGAAGCUGGGUUAGGAUCCUUAAUAUAUGAGGCCAUAAGUGAGACUGAGGGUCCUGAAAGGUAUAUUGCCGGAGAAGAGGGCACCAUGACAGCAGAGGAAGAGGAAGAACAGAACAAACCACCAGUUCUGGACCCAUGCGUGCCAGAUGGAGAAAGGUCCAGUCCUCCUGAAGAACCUUUAGUGCUUGAAAAAGAGAUAGAGGUUAACCGUAUUGAAUAUAAGGAUUUUAUACAUGAACUACGGGAAGAGAGUGACAAGCUCACAAAGCAAAAUGUCCAGCUGCAAACCAAAAUAUCAGAAUACCUUAGUAGGAACGCAGGUAAUGAUAAACAACCAAAACUGUCAAAAGACAUCCCGGACCAGGAGCAGUAUCAGAAGUACAUAGAUCUCAUGGAGGACCUGAAAUUUCAGCACCAGCGUAGCUUAGAUCUCCACCAACAGUGUAUUGAGGAGGAGCUGUGCCAGCAAAGCCAAGAGAAACUCAACCAGGUUGAACAUGAGCUGCGAUCUUUUGCUUUACUGAAAAACGAAGCUGCCGUGAAAGCCCUGACUGGUAAAGUGGGCCGGCAGGCAACACUAGAAAAGGUGGAGCAGCUACUGGCAGAUGAACAGAAAAAGGAAAAUGAAGUGGCAUGUGUGCGUUUGAAUAACAUCAAGUUGAAGAAUAAAGUAUGUAAAUUAGAGGCUGCACUUCAUUCUCAGCAGCAGUUGGCUGAUGGCUUGCUCCUGAUGGACUUUGAGCAGCUCAAGACAGAGAAUCAGACAUUUAAGGAGAAAUUUAAGGAGCGUGGUGAGGAGCUGCUCAGGUUAAAAAAUAAGAUUGCCUGCUCUGUACAGGGCAUUACCCACAUGAAAGAGAAGAUGCAUUUUGUGCAGAUGGAGAAUAUUGCCAAACGUACUGAACUGGCAGAAGCGGAUGCAGCGUUGGCACUUAAACGUGACGUGCUGACACGUACCCGACAGGCUCGUGACAACCUGCGUACAGACAACCUUAAGCUGCAACAGAGAUGUGGUCUGCUGGGUAACACCACACUGCUCCGGGACUUUGAAGAAAGGGUGGACACCUCAGAGUGCCUGCAGCAGAGACUUGAGACGCUAAAGAGACGCCACGCUGAACUCGUGCUGAAGUGUGCUGGUGUAAAACUAAAGAUAGAGCAAAGUAAACCAGAAUACAAAUGACAA